GGACGUUACUCCUAACUGCGCCAACUUUUUGUCUCUUUCUUGUCCUUUUUACCCUUGCUUCCCUGUUCUUCUUCUCCUAUACUAUUUCACACUUUUAGCUCCUCAUACAACAGUAGGUAUAAUCACAGCUAAGCGUAUCAAGAGCCAAACUUUUUUACAGAGAGAUCUAACUGCGAAAAUGGGUUGAUCUGGAAAAACCCAAAUCAAGUAAUUAAGGAGUUAUUGUUCAUUUUUGCGGCUGAUAAUCCCAGUUUUGAUUUCAUUUUCUUGGGACUAAUAGAACAAUAUUUGGAACUUUCAUCAGUGAGCAUUGAAUUGGGUGUCUCAAAGUUGUAGUAUAUUUGUUUUGGAAAGCCAUAUUUUUUUUCCCUGGCUUACAUUUGCUGAGUUUGGAGGGAAUUUGUAUAAUUUGUUAUAUAAACUUGGGAAGAUGGCUGCUUUGUCGCAUCAAGAUUCUCGACGUAUGUACUCAUGGUGGUGGGAUAGUCAUAUCAGCCCCAAAAACUCAAGAUGGCUUCAGGAGAAUCUCACAGAUAUGGAUGUCAAGGUUAAAGGAAUGAUCAAACUCAUUAAUGAAGAUGCUGAUUCUUUUGCAAGGAGAGCAGAGAUGUACUAUAAAAAACGUCCAGAGUUGAUGAAAUUUGUAGAAGAAUUCUAUAGAGCAUACCGUGCAUUGGCUGAAAGAUAUGAUCACGCAACCGGUGUGAUCCGGCACGCCCACCGGACCAUGACAGAUUUAGGACUUGGAGAUGAUUCACCUGCAGGUUCUGAUCCUCAAACACCAGAGCUAUCGCCAAUGCUUAGUCUUUUUGACCUUGAAGAGCUGCAGAAAGAUGCUCUUGGAGUCGCUGCAUCUAAUACUCAUGAUCUCAAGAGCAAUGGAGGAUUCACAGAUGAGUCACACUCAGUGAUGAAAAGAAAAGUAUUCAAGCAGCGCAAUAAUUUGUUUGGCGACCAGGGAAGGUUUGCUGACGGAAGGGUUAGGAAGGGUCUGAAUUUUAGUGAGGCAGACGAGAAAGUAGUGCAGACCAAUGAGAGCAACAGUUUGCAAACUCGAGCACUUCAAGAUUCAGAGCGCAUGGUUGAAUCUGAGGAGAUUCUGAAGUUAAAGAAAGCACUUGCCCAAGUGGAAGCUGAGAAAGAAGCAGGCCUUAUCCAGUACCAACAGACAUUGGAGAAAUUAUCUCACCUGGAGUCAGAAGUGUCCCGUGCCAGAGAAGAUUCCCGAGGAUUUGGUGAACGAGCAAGCAAAGCUGAAGUUGAAGCCCAGACUUUAAGGGAUGCACUUUCUGCAUUGGGAGCUGAAAAAGAUGCUAAUCUUAAGUUGUAUCAGAAGUCCUUAGAAAUGAUUUCUGAGUUGGAGAAUACUGUAUCCCAUGCUCAAGAGAACUCUGUUACAGUUGAUGAAAGUGCUAGCAAGGCUGAACUUGAAGCCCAAACUUUAAGAGAAGAUCUUGCAAAUGUAGCAGCUGAAAAAGAUGAAGCUCUUAAGCAGUACAUGCAAUCACUUGAGAUGAUAGCAAAUCUGGAGAACAAAUUGCAGUGUGCUGAAGAAGAUGCCAAAAAAUUAACUGAGAGAGCUGAAACAGCAGAAAAUGAGAUUGAAUUUCUCAAACAAGAAAUCCUAAAAUUCACUGGGGAGAAAGAAGCUGCAGCUCUGCAGCUCCAGCAAUGCUUGGAAACCAUCUCCACUCUAGAGCAUAAGCUUUCUUGUGCCAAAGAGGAGGCCCAAAGGUUGAAUGCAGAGAUCAAUAACGGAGUUGCCAAGUUAGAAGAUGCAGAAGAGCGCUGCCUUUUGUUAGAAAAAUCCAAUAAAUCUCUUCAUUCUGAGCUGGAAUCUCUGACACUGAAGAUGGGUGUGCAAAAUCAAGAGCUUACAGAAAAGCAGAAGGAACUGGGAACGUUGUGGACUUGUGUACAAGAAGAACGUUUGCGUUUUGUUGAGGCUGAGACUGCUUUCCAAACUCUGCAGCAUCUUCAUGCCAAAGCUCAGGAAGAAAUGAGGGCUCUUGCUUCAGAGCUUCAGAAUCGGUUACAGGUGUUGAAGGACUUAGAAAUGCAUAAUCAAACAUUGCUGGGUGAAAUCCAGAAGAUUAAAGAGGAGAACAAGAGCCUCGGUGAAAUAAAUGUAUCUUCAGCUCUAUCCAUGAGGGAUAUGCAAAAUGAGAUAUCCAGCUUAAGUGAAGCGAAGGGUAAACUCGAGCUAGAGGUUGAGCUUCGGAUGGAUCAAAGAAAUGCUCUUCAGCAAGAAAUCUACUGCCUUAAGGAAGAACUUAAUGAUCAUAACAAGAAACUAUUAUCUAUUGUGACACAGGUGCAGGCAGUGGGCCUUGAUCCAGAAUGCUUUGAAUCAUCUGUAAAGGAGCUGCAACAUGAAAAGUCAAAUCUUGGAGAAACCUGUGAGAGGGAAAGAAGUGAAAAAAUAGCUCUUCUGGAGAAGCUACAAGUGUUCGAAGAGCUUCUUGAGAAAAACUCCAUUCUGGAAAACUCUCUGUCAGAUUUGAGUGCUGAACUAGAAGCUGUGAGAGGCAGUUUAAAGGCAUUAGAAGAUUCUUGUCAAUCUCUUCUACAGGAGAAAUCUGCACUUCUCAAUGACAAAGUUACUUUAACUAGUGAGCUACAGGUAACAAUUGAGAAUCUGGAAGAAGUCUCAGCUAAGAAUACUGUUCUGGAAAAUUCCCUUUCUGAUGCUCAUGCGGAACUACAAAACUUAAAGGUAAAAUCAAAGAGCUUAGAGGAAUCAUGUGAAGUACUAGUCAAAGAGAAAGCAGAUCUUGGUCGUGAAAAGGAAAAUCUAUUUUCUCAGUUGCAAGCUGCACAAAUUGCACUGCAUGAUAUAGUGGGAAAGUAUUCAGGACUGGAACAAAGACAUUCAACCUUGGAGAAAGAGAAUGAAUUGACACUUCGUGCAUUUGAAGAACUGAGGGUUUCUUUGGAUGCAAAAAACUGUGAACAUGAGAGUUUUGUCCACACGACUGGGGUACGGUUGGCUGGCAUGAAAUCAGAAAUUCAUGUUUUGCAGGAAGAAUGUGAAUUAAGAAAGCAAGAUUUUGAUAAGCUUCUAGAAAAAGCUAUUGAGUCUGACAUUCUCAACUUCACCUUACAGACAUCUUCCCAAGAUCUUGAAGGAAAGGGCUCUUCUUUGCUGGGUGAGUAUCAGAAGCUUUUUGAAGCAUCUACAUUUUCUAAAACUUUAAUUUCUGAUUUAAAGCAGAAGAAUGUUGAACAAAAAAUAGAAAUGACAUCCUUGUUUGAUCAAGUUAGUAUUCUGAGAAAUGGGAUAUUCAAGUUGCUGAAGGCUCUUGAUAUUGUUCCAAACCAUGCAUGUCAGGACAGGAAAGACCAAGUACAUCUUGACCAUAUUUUUCAUAGAGUUGAAGCAUCUAAAGAAUCCUUCGACAAAACUGAGGAAGAAAAUCAUCAGAGGGCUAUUCAGAUGAAUGUUCUUGUCACAUUGCUGGAGCAGAUAAAAUUAGAGGUGGAGGCUCUUGAUGCUGAAAAAACAAUUAUUAGCCAAGAGUUGAAUUUCAAAUCGGAGCAAUUAUUGGCAUUGCAGAGUGAAGCCGCUGCACUCAAGGAGGUUAGUGAAGAACUGAAAUUGAAAAUAAUGGAGACAGGUCGUAAAGGGGAACUUCUAGAAAUUGAAAAUUGUAACCUGGCAAAAGCAUUACAGUUGGCAGAAGAUGAGUUGAAGACUGUUAAAGGUAUGAUGGAUCAGCUCAAUUUUCAAGUAGUUGCUAGCAAAAAUCUGAUGUCUGAAAAGGACACUGAGCUUCAAAGAAUGGAACAGAAGCUUUAUCUUAGUGAAACUGAGAAAGCUGUGUUGCAUCAAGUUUUGAUGAACGAAGUCGCUGCACUCAAAGAGGGUAGUGAAGAACUGAAAUUGAAAAUAAGGGAGAAAGAUCACAGAGGGGAACUGCUAGAAAUUGAAAAUUGUGACCUAGCAAAAGCAUUGCAGUUGGCAGAGGAUGAGUUGAAGACUCUUAAAAGUAUGACUGAUCAGCUCAAUGUUCAAGUAAACGUUGGCAAGAAUCUGUUGUCUGAGAAGGACACUGAGCUUCAGGGAAUGGAACAGAAGCUUUAUCUUACUGAAACUGAGAAAGCUGUGUUGCAUCAAAUUUUGAUGAAUGAAGUCGCUGCACUCAAAGAGGGUAGUGAAGAACUGAAAUUGAUAAUAAGGGAGAAAGAUCACAGAGGGGAACUGCUAGAAAUUGAAAACUGUGACCUAGCAAAAGCAUUGCAGUUGGCAGAGGAUGAGUUGAAGACUCUUAAAAGUAUGACUGAUCAGCUCAAUGUUCAAGUAAACGUUGGCAAGAAUCUGUUGUCUGAGAAGGACACUGAACUUCAGGGAAUGGAACAGAAGCUUUAUCUUACUGAAACUGAGAAAGCUGUGUUGCAUCAAAUUUUGAUGAAUGAAGUCGCUGCACUCAAAGAGGGUAGUGAAGAACUGAAAUUGAUAAUAAGGGAGAAAGAUCACAGAGGGGAACUGCUAGAAAUUGAAAACUGUGACCUAGCAAAAGCAUUGCAGUUGGCAGAGGAUGAGUUGAAGACUCUUAAAAGUAUGACUGAUCAGCUCAAUGUUCAAGUAAACGUUGGCAAGAAUCUGUUGUCUGAGAAGGACACUGAACUUCAGGGAAUGGAACAGAAGCUUUAUCUUACUGAAACUGAGAAAGCUGUGUUGCAUCAAAUUUUGAUGAAUGAAGUCGCUGCACUCAAAGAGGGUAGUGAAGAACUGAAAUUGAUAAUAAGGGAGAAAGAUCACAGAGGGGAACUGCUAGAAAUUGAAAACUGUGACCUAGCAAAAGCAUUGCAGUUGGCAGAGGAUGAGUUGAAGACUCUUAAAAGUAUGACGGAUCAGCUCAGUCUUCAAGUAAAUGUUGGCAAAAAUCUGUUGUCUGAGAAGGACACUGAGCUUCAGGGAACGGAACAGAAGCUUUAUCUUACUGAAACUGAGAAAGCUGUGUUGCAUCAAAUUUUGAUGAAUGAAGUCGCUGCACUCAAAGAGGGUAGUGAAGAACUGAAAUUGAAAAUAAGGGAGAAAGAUCACAGAGGGGAACUGCUAGAAAUUGAAAAUUGUAACCUGGCAAAAGCAUUGCAGUUGGCAGAAGAUGAGUUGAAGACUGUUAAAAGUAUGACGGAUCAGCUCAAUCUUCAAGUAAAUGUUGGCAAAAAUCUGUUGUCUGAGAAGGACACUGAGCUUCAGGGAAUGGAACAAAAGCUUUAUCUUACUGAAACUGAGAAAGCUGUAUUGCAUCAAAUUUUGAAGAACUUGAGCAGAGAACUUAUUGGGAGUAAAAUAAUUAUGGAGGACCAAGAAAAGAAGAUCCUAAAGUUGUGUGCUGACAGUAACCAACUGCGCACAGAAAACAUGCACCUCUUUGAGGCCAGUCAGCUAUUGCAGGAAGGGCUUCAGCAAUCGCGUGGUGAGCUUGAAAAGCUAAAGAUGCAAGAGGAAGCAUUGCACUCUGAGCUCCAGAAGCAAUUGAAUGAGACUGAGACAUGGAAGUUAGAGAUGGAUGUGCUUUUAGGUGAGUUGCAGGUCUCGAUGUUCUACCAUAUCCUUUAUGAGCAGAAGAUUCAUGAGCUUGCAGAAGCAUGUCAAAGCUUUGAUGUCCAAAUCAAUUCAAAGGAUAAGAACAUUAAGCUUCUGAAAGAAAAAGUGCUCACUUUGGGUACUGAAAAUGAAGACCUUAACACUCAGUUAGCUGCAUAUAGACCUGCAAUCUUUUCUUUGAGCCAAUGCAUAUCAUCCCUAGAGAAGCAUUCCUAUUUGCAUGGGAAACCCAAAAGGCCUGAUAAUGAGGACACGAAGGGCAUUGUAGUAGCUCAUACAGAUGACACCACUCGUUUGAAAGACAAUGAAAGUGCAGUGGCAACCGAUGCAUUUUUUGAUCUGCAUGGAUUGGAAAUAAGGGUUCGAGCUGUUGAGAAGACAUUGGUUGAAAUGGAGCAGCUUGUGGUGAAGGAAAAUGUGAACAUGCAUAGCAAACUACAGGCGGCGAUGCUACAGAUUGAGGAGUUAAAGUCAGAGAGCAGCCGGCAUAGAAGAAAUUCAGCUCCUAAAUCUGAAAUCUUUGAGGCAGAAAAUGGAAUCCUCACCAAGGACAUCAUGCUUGACCGUGUAUCCGAGUCUUCAUCCUACAGAAAUGGCAGGAGAGAGCAGGCUGAUUCGAAUAAUCUAGUUUUUGACCUAUGGGAUACUACCAGUCCUACUGUUGGUAAAGCAAAGUUGGAUGAUACUCCAAAUGCUGAAAAUGAUAUCGAUUUCCAUAAACGUGUUAUAUCAGUGAAGAAAAAGUGUCAACGUUCUACCUCAGAUGUGCUAGAUGAGAAGUACCCAGGUGGUGGCAAACUGAACAUCUCAAAGAGAUCAACGGAGUCCAUUCAAGAGGGAAACAAGAGGAGGGUCUUACAGAGGCUUGAUUCUGAUGUGCAGAAAUUAACUAACCUUCAGAUCACAGUAGUAGACUUGAAGAGGGAACUUGAGAUAACUGAGAAGGGAAAAAGGGGUAAAGCUGUAGCUGAGUCAGACACUCUCAAAGGACAGCUAAAUGAAGCUGAGGCUGCUAUUCACAAGUUAUUUGAUCUUACUGGUAAGUUGAUGAAGAACAUGGAAGACAGCUUUGGUUCUGCUGAUAUGAAAUCUGCACUGGAGUCUGAAGAGGUUGGAAAUGUUAGUAGGAGGAGAUAUUCAGAACAGGCACGGAGAGUAUCCGAGAAAAUUGGGCGACUGCAAUUAGAAGUUCAGAAGUUGCAGUUUGUUUUACUGAAACUCAACGAUGAAAGCAAAGGAAAUAACAGUAGGGUCCCGGAGACAAAAAGAAGGGUUCUACUGCGAGAUUAUCUCUAUGGUGGGGUUAGGAAAAGCAACAACAAGCGAAAGAAAUCACCAUUUUGUGCAUGCAUCCAGCCUCCAACUCAGGGAGACUGAAGUUUUAAAUAAGGUGUGCAGUUUACAUAUGUUAGUUUAACUAGUUUAUAGUUCAUUUGUGUCCAUAUUACUUUUAUAGUUUCGGUAUGAAUACAUUCAGAACCUUAGCUUCUUGGAGAGAAUUUGUUGUAUAUCCGCGUCCAGCUAAAAGAUGCAGCCUUCUUAUUUACUAAUGUUUUCGUGUUUGCUCCAAGCUUGUCUCAAAUAAUUGGGUUGUCCCUGUACAUAUUUCUUCAACCUCUGUUACUUUUGGACAUGGAUUUUGAUAUUGGUCUCAUGUUAGUUAUUUCGAUGA